GAAGUGUUGAAUUGAUAAACGAUGCAAGGAAAAAUUAGGAGUUAAGGCGUGGGAUAUGCUUUACAAUUAAACUACAGCAAUCUGACAGGUAGACAGGUAGUUAGUAACAAUUUCAUCUACAAGUUGGAGAGUUCAUUCUAAGGAAGUUCACCAGAUCAUCAGAUUUGCUGCUAUGGAGGAAUCUACAGACCCAUAUGAAGACUAUGGGGUCAACGGUGACGCAUUUGUACAAGAGAAGCAACAAAAUCUCAGAAGAAAAAUCAAAUAUUAUUUCAUGAACCCUUGUGAAAAGUUCUACGCUCGUGGACGGAAACCCUGGAAACUGUUGCUACAGCUUAUCAAAAUUGUCAUAAUUACAGUUCAGUUGGUCUCAUUCGGCCUCAGUAAUCAGAUGGUUGUUACUUUCAAAGAAGAAAACCUGCAAACGUUCAAGCACCUUUUCCUUAAGAAUUAUGAAGAUGGAAGCAUGGACACCUACGCUGUUUACCGACAGGCAGAUACAUAUGAGCACAUUGAUUAUAUUAUUGAACAGUAUAAACUGUUGCAUAACACAACAGUUGGAAACCAUGAGUAUGAGAAAAAUGGAACGCAAUACACCCCAUUGGAAUUAUGUCAAGCCUAUUACAGGAAUGGCACUAUAUACCCUGGGAACGAGACCUUUGAAAUAGAUGCAGAUGUGCAAAACGACUGUCAUAACUUUUAUCCAAUGUAUCCAAAAUUGCAUGACCAUCUCCCUAAUUUUGAACUGUAUUUUAAAAGAAUGCUCACGGUCAGCAUAAAAUUUGUUCUAAAGGCCAUAAAUUUACAGACUGUACGACACAGGGAGCUGCCAGACUGCUAUGAUUUCACUGUUGAGAUUAUUUUUGACAACCAAGCUCACAGUGGAAGGAUAAAGAUAGAUCUUGAUACAGAUGUAGAAAUCAAAGAAUGCAAAGACUGGAAAGUCACCGGAGCAACCGCAAGAAACAUGACCCUGACCGUGCUGUUUGACUGCCUCAUUAUUAUUACAUGCCUUACUUCCUUGAGUCUGUGUCUCCGCUCGGUUCUCUCUGGGAUUCGACUACAAAAGGAGUACAAUCAGUACUGCAAGAGCUACACCCUGAGAGAGGUCCCCUGGUCUGAAAAGAUGGAGUUUGUAAAUGGAUGGUACAUUCUCAUCAUUACCAGUGAUACGUUGGUGAUAAUUGGUUCCAUUCUUAAAAUUGAGAUACAAACCAAGGUCCUUACAAGCUAUGACGUCUGCAGCAUCUUCCUCGGAACAGGAACCAUGUUUGUUUGGAUCGGUGUGAUCCGUUACCUGGGAUACUUCAGAAAGUAUAAUAUUCUCAUCUUGACACUACGGGCAGCCUUUCCUAAUGUAAUCCGCUUCAUCUGUUGCGCUGGCAUUAUCUAUAUUAGUUACUGUUUUUGUGGUUGGAUUGUCAUCGGUCCAUAUCAUGAAAAGUUUCGUACGUUGAACACGGUAUCCGAGUGUCUGUUUUCUUUGAUCAAUGGAGAUGACAUGUUCCCCACAUUUAAAGACAUGGGGCAGAAGAGCAGCCUGGUGUGGGUCUUCAGCAGAGUUUACCUGUAUACCUUUGUGUCUCUCUUCAUCUACAUGGUGCUCAGCCUCUUCAUCACCAUCAUCACCGACACAUAUGACACCAUCAAGCAACAGCAGAAUGGAAUUCCAACCUCGGCUCUUCAAAAGUUUUUGUCCGAGUGCAACGAUUUACCAAACUCGGGUGUAUACAGACUUGAAGAGGACAAAAACUGCUUUGUAAAAUGCUGCAUUGAUCCAAGACUAUGGUUCAGAAAUCCUGACGAGUCACUGGUGUCAGAUGCAUGAUUUUGUUGCCGUGGAAACAAUUUGCACAGUAUGUUAUGUUGCAUAGUGAACCUGAUUACCUCAAUAUGAUCAUAUGUAUUACUCAAUUUAUGUCUCAAUAAUCUGGAGUUAAAGCAGAAUAAAGUAACAUGUU